UUUACAGGAUUCAAUAACAGCUGAUUUAACGAUCUUCAAUUCAAUCACAAGCAUCUGAAAGCCAAGACCAAAUGGAAGUCAUGUCUAGAGAAUCUACUUUACAGAGGCAACUGGACGAAACCUGUAAAAACAAAACUGUCGGAUCAAUGAAAGAAGAAUGUCCCCACUUGAAGGCUGAUGAUGACGAUGUCCAAGAACCGAUUAUCAUUAUAUUACUAGUUAAGAAUAUGAAUGACAUAAAAUCAAUUAUGAGUAUUUUUAUUGACAGACAUAUUAAUAUUUUACACAUCGAAAGCAGGAUUGACAAGUUAAAUGUGAAAAAUCAUAUGAAAAAUAUGGAAUUUGAACCAUUGGAAUUGUUAAUCUAUUUUGAAGUUUCACGUAAACAAUCUGAGAGUUUGCUGGAAGAACUGAAAUCUUUCUCAUCUUAUCGUAUUGUUAAAAAUUCUUUAGAGAACUUACCGAGGGCAAAGAAUCCAACUUUAAACGAAAAAGUACCUUGGUUUCCAAGACACAUUUCCGACUUAGAUGAAGUCUCACACAGUGUUCUGAUGUAUGGAAAGGAUUUGGAUGCAGAUCAUCCGGGUUUCAAAGAUGAAGAAUACAGAAAACGUCGAAUGAUGUUUGCUGAAAUAGCUUUUCAGUAUAAAUGGGGUCAACAAAUACCAAUUAUUGAAUAUACAGAAACAGAAAAAAUGACCUGGGGACGUAUAUACCGUGAACUAACUCGCCUGUAUAAAACUACAGCUUGUCAUGAAUUUCAAAGAAAUUUUGCCUUACUUGAAGAGAAAGCCGGAUACAACGAAUUCGAUCUACCUCAGUUACAAGUGGUGUCAGAAUUUUUGAAGGCACGAACAGGAUUUUGUCUCAGACCAGUCGCGGGCUAUCUAUCGGCACGCGAUUUUCUUUCAGGCUUGGCAUUUCGUGUAUUCUAUUGCACUCAAUAUAUACGUCAUCAAGCUGAUCCGUUUUAUACACCUGAGCCUGACUGCUGCCAUGAACUGUUGGGUCAUGUACCUAUGCUAGCUGAUCCAAAGUUUGCACGCUUUUCACAGGAAAUCGGUUUGGCUUCUUUGGGUACCAGUGAUGAAGAAAUAAAGAAAUUAGCUACCUGCUACUUUUUCACUAUUGAAUUUGGUCUUUGUCGACAAGACAACCAACUAAGAGCUUAUGGUGCCGGUUUACUCUCAUCCGUUGCUGAACUACAGUAUGCUUUAAGUGAUAAAGCUGUGGUUAAACCUUUCAUUCCAACGCAAGUUAUAAACGAAGAAUGCCUUGUUACUACUUUUCAAAAUGGUUAUUUUGAAACUGCGUCGUUCGAAGAUGCAACACGUCAAAUGAGGGAAUUUGUACGUACUAUCAAGCGACCAUUCGAUGUGCAUUAUAACCCUUACACACAAAGCAUUGAAAUAAUAAAAACUCCUGAAUCCGUGGCGAAGCUUGUUCAAGAUUUACAAUUUGAACUCACUGCAAUCAACGAAAGUCUUCUAAAAAUAAAUAGAGAAAUCGAAAACCAGAAAUUUAUGUCCAAUGAAAUCACGAUGGAAAAGCGAAAAAACUAGUAUCGCUCUUGAAAGAAUUUAAACACAAUUAUUUAUACGGAAGUAAAUUUUCGCUGAGUCAUCAACAUAUAUUGUAGUCUCAUUAUUAUUGCAGUAGUGUUACUUCAUAUAUUCAUUAACUACUUUGCUUCAAAUUCUUUCGUUGUGUUCCAUUCACACAAUAUUCAACGGAUAAGAUUUGUUGUACGCUUGAUUAUAUCAAUAUUAUAUUUGUUGAAGUUCA